AUGACUUUCCCGUCAACUUGGCAUAAGUUCAAGAACUUCAUUUCACCCACGAAGCAAUCAAUUCGAGCCGCAGCUAUUUCUCAAACUUCCCAUCCUACACCAAAAAAGGCCCCUGGACAACCUUCAUCGAAUGGCAAGAGAGAGCCAAUCUUAAUCACAACUAAAGAUGUCACUUCUAAGCCGAAAAGGAAUAUGUUGGACAUUGUCACGAAAGCUGCUGGUUCAAAUUGGGUAUUUGUUGCGAUGAUGGCUAUCAUGCUUGUUUGGGUCAUAUUUGGUUUCAUUAAUGGCACGACUGAUACCUGGCAAAUCGUCAUGCAAAAUGCCUCUUCAAUUCAACUCUACUUAACAGACAUUCUGCUCCUCAGACAAGCUUCCAACGCCUCAAACUCUCUUCUAACCACUCUCGCCGAACUCCAGUCCCGCAAUCAAACUUCUGAGCGCCUUCUCCGACAAUUACCUAGCUGCCAGUGGGUGGAAACCCACAAGAACCCUGCUCAGAAAUUGCUCAAAGAUGAUAAACCUGUUGAAUCCAACGCCGAUGAUAUCCUACUCACAAGUGGUGGUGGAGAUAUAUCAAAAGCACGCUAUAUGUGGAACAGCACUUGCAAAAUCGUUGCUAAAGGCCUUGGUUCCAUCUGGGCAUAUAUCCUCUACUGGAUUGGUAUAUUCUUUUGGGUUGGCAUUGGUCCUCUAUUUCAAUUCAGCGACACUUGGCAAUUAUAUGUUAAUACAGCUACUGCAGUUGCCUUGACAUUUACUUCCAUCUUCUUGCAAAAUAUACAGCAGCAGCAAGAGGAUAAUCUUGAGCAGUGUCUUGAGUAUGCUUUAAGAGUCGAUUCCGAGAUUGAGUGGCGAUUGAGGGAAAUUACAAACGAUUACCAACGUAACCCAAUAUUUGAGAUCCCUGCCCCAACCAUUAGUCGGAUUGAUAGAUCUAUCGAUAUCUUUGCUGAUGUCAUGGGCUCGGGCGUUGGGCUAUUGAUCACUUUGAUCGUAACGAUUGUCUGGAUAGCUGUCGGUCCUAUUCUCGAGUUUAACGAUAACUGGUGGUUAAUCAUUGUGUUGGUAUCAAUUUGGUGUUGAUUAAAGUGUAAAGUACUUCAUUCUUAUCAAUAUGAUUGAUUGUAUUAUUCGUCUUGAUCAUUAUUAACUAUGGGAAGCUAGUACUUGAUAUAGUAGAAGUGCUAGCGCUAGUGCAUACGCUAG